UUGUUGAUCACUAACCUCAUUCCCUCCCGUCUGUCAUGCAAUUCCACAACUAGAGCAUGAUUAUAGAGAGAUUAUCAUUUGCAGCGGCGUAUGGAGCAAAAUAGCUGUUAAAGCUGCCAGUGGUUUUGCGCAAAAAUCGACUUUUUCAUCAUUUUGGACAGUAUGUUCACAGUAGGCAAAAUGUCCCUUAUCGCUAUGGCUCUGCCAGUGAUGACCGUCCUCCUCUCCUCCUGGCAGGUGGGUGCCACUGAUGACUGCUUGUGGUAUGUGGAUAAGAAUGGUACGUGGCACAACGGUAUCCCCUGUCCCCCGAUGACCUUCUGUUGUGGGAAUUGCCACAAGCGCUACUGUUGCCUGGAUGGCCUCAAGAGGAUCACGGAGAGGGAGCAGAAGCGUUGCGUGCUCUUCCAGUUCAGCCCUACCACCAUCGCUGGUAUUGCUUCGUCCAUCCUGCUCUUCGUGGCUAUCAUUGCUACCAUGGUGUGCUGCUUCAUGUGUUCCUGCUGUUACCUUUACCAGCAACGACAGCAGCGUGGCAGGACUCCCUAUGACGCCCAGCACAUCCCAAUGGCCAGCUACCCUGUGGAGCCCAUGUAUGACGCUUACGGCAAGCCGCUGGUGAUGGGACAUCCUGAUUAUCAGCACCCUGGUUACCCAAUGGCACCUCAGUAUUCUGGCAUGCCCCAGCCAUACCCCAUGAUGCAACCCGGGCCGUUCCCACCGUACCCCAUGGCAGACCCUGGCUACCCUCAGGGAGCACCCCCUCCUUACUCCCCGCCACAGUACACUCCCCACCCCGGUCACUGAUGGGAUGAAAGCAAGUACUGUACAUGGAGAGGAGAAACAAACUAAGCACUGCGUCAAGAAGAGAAGGCGACCACAAGAAGGCAACCAUGGCUCCGGCUCUCCUAGCGGUUGCCUCGUGAAAGAUAACCAGAGGCACUUUAUUGUCCUUUAUUUUCUACGUCCUUUAAAGGAACAGGAGCAUAUGCUGAGUUGGGGGUUCUCCUGUCUGUUCUGGCACUGAACUUGAUUCCUCCUGACAGUCUAAUGUGGAAAAUGUCACACCAUUCCAAAGUGAGGUUAACCCACCUGCAUCCUUCAUCCGUGCACUUACUCUGACAUCUAUCCCUCGCAAUUAGCGUAACCCAAGAUGGCGUUUUUCAAGGUCACAUGCUUUGUUUGACAUGAAUUCUCUGCUUAAGACAUUUGACUUGAGGAAUGGUGAACGCCUGUUUCUCACAUGUUUGCUUGGCUUUAAUCCGGUAGUGGACAGAGCGAGGGUCAUACCUGCAGAUAACAGGGUGUGCAUGAGAGCUGGUUGACUCUUAUCUGUUGUAUUAAAGUCAGAAUGCUCAGAAUAGUUGACUGCUCCUCUCGCUCUGUCGGACCCCUUUUAGUCAGCUCUCUGUGGGGAUUUCUUUGUUAACUCAUGCUCAGCUUAUCUUCUGUAAUAGAUUAACAUUUACUUUAUGUAUAUUAGAACGUCAGUUAGACAGUACAUGUUCUGCUACAUACCAAUUUGUCAUGGUAUUCAAGUUGUCAGAAAUACGUUUAUUUAUUAGUGGAAUCUGUGUGAAUGUUAAUUUUCAGUAAUAUAUCCAGCCAAUAUUUAACUUAAAUAACACAUCUGAGCCUCGUGUCAAUGUGAAUUCAAGGAACUGUUUCAAGACAUAUUUUGUUGACAAUAUUUGAACAUGUCUUAUAAUUGUUGUAACAGACACAACUUUUUUUUUUUAAUGUUUGACCAUGAAAUGCUUCGAGCAUUUCCUCACACUGCCUUAUUUUUGGCUAUGAUCUUUUUCUCUGAGCCAUUGUUGUGCCCCUUGUAGGAUGUUUGAACUGUACAGUAGAGCCUGACGUGUUGAGCAUGUUGUACAGUUUACUAUUAGUAACCACUGAAGGGCUCGUCCCAGGUCAAAUGUGUCGGAUCAGGUGACAUUCUAUUUUACCCACCCUGAGAUUCUUAACAGAUUUUUCUAUGGAAUCAUUUUGAGAGUUUUAGCAUAUUUGUUCAGAGAGGAAUGAUGAAGCAAACGUGCAAUAGAUAUACAGAUUCUUCUUGGCCAGCCCGUGUUUAAACGUGUCAAUGUAAAACAGUGACAUACUCUUAUUCAUAAACCCUAAUGAUAUUUUAUUAUUUGAAUUGGAUUACUGUAAUAUUUAUUGUCAACAUGUAAAGUGAACAUGUUGUGGGUUGAGAACGUUUGAACUGUUUAGAAUUUCUGCAUACAGUUGACCUAGAAUGUGAUCAGGUCUUCACCUAAGUCUUACUAAUAGAUCAAGUUUACCCUGAUUUUAAACAAAUAACACAUAAACAAUUGAACCCUUUAAUUUCUUUAUUGAGAAAAUUGAUCCAACAUUACAUUUCUUCGUUGGAAAAAGUAUGUGAACCUCUUAGAUUAAUCAUCUUAAUUAAGUGUAUUAAAGUAGUCAAAAGUGUAGUAUUCGGUCCCAUAUUCCUAGCAUGCAGUGACUACAUCAAGUUUGUGACUUUAUAAACUCCUGGGAUGCAUUUGCAGUUUGUUUUGAAAGUGUUUUGGUUUAUGUUUUGCCCAACAGAAACGUGACAGCUUGUCUUUUUGGAGUCACUUUUAUUUUAGGUAAGAAUAUAGAGCAUGUUUUUGAACGUUUCCACAUUCAUGUGGAUGCUACCGCCAUGGUGGAUAAUCAUGAAUAGAUCAUGAAUGAUGUUAAGUGAGAAGGUUACAAACGUCUUAUCUACUCAAUUAAAAAUACAAUUACUCCAGUCAUCAUUCCCCAUUCGGUUACUAUUGGGAAGAACAUCAUCCAAAACCCGACAAAAACAAACUGCAAAUGCAUCCAGAGUUUUUGUAGAGUCACAAGCUUGAUGUAGUCAUUACAUGCUAGGAAUAGGGGGACAAAAUACUAUACUUUUGACUACUUUAAUACACUUAAUGCAGAUGAUUAAUCUAGAGGUUCACAUACUUUUCCUAACAAAGAAAUUGAAUCAAUUGUCUCAGUAAAGAAAUGUAAAUGUACAAUUGUUUUUGUAUUAUUUGAUUAAACAUGUUCACAUCUAUUAUGACAUUUUAGGUAAAAAUGUAAGCAGAAAUAGAAAAAAAUCACAAGUUCACAAGCACAUAAUUGAAAAAAACUUUCUAAAUUUUGAAUGCAAUUCUUUUUUUGUUGUACAUUUUAGCAGAGCGUAAAUCGCAUCUGUUACUAGUAGAACAGUUCCCAGCUCUUACUUGUUGGUUGUCUGUUGUUUAAUGGAUGGUAAGACAUUGUAAUACAAUAAGUGCUAUGUUUUUUUUCUUUCGAAUAACAUAAAUUAUAACUUUGAAAUGUAAAAUCCA